AUGACAUCUACAUUGAGAAGCUUUGUAAGGAUGAAUCCUCCUGUCUUUCUUGGAUCUAAGGUCGAAGAGGAUCCCCUAGAGUUUCUAGAUGGUGUGUACAAUGUGUUGGGUGCCAUGGGGGUUACUCCUAGGGAGAAGACGGAGUUGGCUUCGUACCAAGUGAGGGAGGUUUCUCAAGCGUGGUACACUCAAUGGAAAGAUAAUAGUCUGGAUGACUCGGGACAUAUAGAGUGGAAAGAUUUUAAGGAGUCUUUCUUGGGAAAGUACUUUCCCCGUGAAAGGAGGGAGGUGACGGUUGAAAAUUUCAUUAAUCUCAAGCACGGUAAUAUGAGUGUUGAGGAGUAUUCUUUGAAGUUUUCUAUGUUGUCUAGAUAUGCUCAUUCCUUCGUUUCUAAUCCUAGGGAUGAGAUUGUACGUUUGUGA